AUGGUUUUAAGCGGACUCGAAACGGCAUACUUAUCGCAGACAGGAGGACCGUACAGAUUUCCGAAUUACGAAUUACGAGAACAAAUCAGAUUAAGCAGUUUACUAGUAAAUGGCCAUAUCAGAUAUACCGGAAGCGACGAAGCUGAUUACGAUUUUUCCGUCGAGAUAACAGAUCUAUGUGUAGACGUAACUAUAGACGUGUCACACACGAAAAAACGAAAGUCUUCCACUAAAGGUGUUCAAAACGUGAUCGUAACAGGAUGGAGGUCGGCCGUUUUUUCGAUUCCCACUAUUGUACCUUUCCCUCACACCGAGGCUCUUGUAAUUGGAUAUAUGUACAAUACGAUACCGAAGUAUGUGGUCAAUGUCUUGGUCAAUGGAUUAGACAGAGCUUUAUAUUAUACGGAAACAAACCAAGUCGUCAAUUUUAGUUUGUAUGAAAACAAGGAAAACAGCGAACACGAUAAUGGUAUGGAAUUCAAGUUCGAUGAGAUAUAUAACACUUAUUCAAGUUAUAUGGCCGAUGUAAAAAAACCACACCGAAAACAAAGGCAAGGAAAAAUUAAUGCUUAG